UUAUUUAUGUAUCCGAAGCCUCACUCCCCACUUUUCUCCCACAAGAGAUUAUAGAGGAAGAAGCAUAUUCUCCUUGCACCUAUCAUCUCUGUUGCAGGUGUUAGCCUACCUCUCUCCUUUUCUCUCUUCUCACACACACAAACACAUAGUUGAGAAAUGGAAAGCUUGGAAGAAUAUAAGCUCUACUGGGAAACCAAUCACUAUCUUCAAACUCAAGAACUCGACAGUUUGGUACUGGAUGAGACAUUAUCAGCGUACUACGAUUCUAGUUCACCAGAUGGACCUCACUCCUCCGGGGCUCCUAAAAACAUAGUAUCCGAGAGAAACAGAAGGAAGAAAUUGAACGACAGGCUCUAUGCUCUCCGCGCUGUUGUUCCUAACAUUACUAAGAUGGACAAGGCAUCCAUUAUAAAGGAUGCGAUCAGCUAUAUUCAAGAAUUGCAAGAACAAGAGACAAGAAUUCAAAGUGAAAUAACACAGCUAGAGUCCAUGGCUUGCAAUAGAAGCAACUCCUUCGAUGAAUUCAAUCAAGCAGGAGCCGAUACGACGACGUCUGUUGUAUCAAAGAAGAAGAAGAAGAAGAGAAGUGCUCGGCAGCAGGAGCUCUUCUCCAAUGAUUGUGGAGGUUCCAGAUCAUCACCAUCACCUGUCCAGGUCAUUGAGCUAAGGGUGUCUUGUGUGGGAGAAAAGACGGUUGCAGUGAGCAUUACAUGCAGUAAAGAAAGGGACACCAUCGUGAAGCUAUGCGAAGCUUUUGAGUCAUUGAAUCUUAAAGUCAUCACAGCCAACAUAACCUCAUUCUCGGGGACCCUCUUGAAGACAUUACUUAUUGAGGCAGAUGAGGAGGAGAUAGACACGCUGAAGACAAAGAUUGAGAGUGCUAUUGCAGCUUUUAAUUUCCCGACAGUUCAAUAAGCUGCUAAAUUAACAAUGAGACCGGAAAGAAUAAUUAUGUCCUACUGAAUUAAGCUUAUCCCUUUCUAUUAGAAUAAAUAUAUAUUUAUUUUCACUUCAUUUAUAAUCAUUUGCCUAUUUCAGAGAGUCCUGUGUAUGAAUAUUCCCCAUACAUAUAGAUUUUGUAUUGUCUGGUC